AUGCCUCCACCACUCCUCCUCUUCCUCACCCGCCCCGCCGCCGAGGACUCCGAUCAGCGACCACCAUCAUCGAAUGCAACGACUCCACCAUCACCGGAAUCGUUGACCGAGCUGACCUACUCUCUCUCGUAUAAACCCAAAACCCCCAAAUCUCCACCACCGCCGGAAGCAAUCGGAAGUUGUACAAUUGGCCCUUCCCCAUCUCCCUCACAUGAUCCACAUGGUCUUCUACUCCACCCUUCCUUCUCCCGCAGCAAAAUCAAAGGAAAUGGAACAGACACUGACAGGGGCGUCGUUCUCUCUGGCUUCAAGACGCGUCGUUGCAACUACGACGCUGUUAUUCAAGAUGAGAAGGAAGUUUGUUGCAUAUGUUUGGACGAUCUGUACCAUGGAUCGAUGACUGCUUUGGAUUGCGGCCACGAGUUUCAUCCCGGCUGCAUACGGCAGUGGCUCUUCCGCGGCAAGAACUUCUGCCCCCUCUGCAAAGCUCCUGCGAUGAAGCGACCUCGCGUAACGCUAGCUUCUCUCUUAGAUAUUGUCUAA